AUGGUGAUCAAGAUCAAACCGGAUCAGAUCAGGUCUGCGUUAUCAUUCAUACUGCUCACACAUUCGCAUCCCUACAAUAUCGCACGUCGACGUACCAAAGCACGAGAACGAGGAAGCAAAGGCGGUCGGUCGACUCGAGCACGAAAUCGACAACACACUAGUGAACGUGAACGCGUUGAAACGGCAGCAGCAGAAAUCGAAAUAGAACAUUGGCUUCAUAGAAAUGAUGCAGUUGAGUGGAAUGGGCAUUGUGAGCGAAUGAACGAUGAUAACUGA